AUUCCCUGUGGGGCAGCUGAAGCAGGGAAAGUCCUGGGGGAAGUGGUGGUGUGUGCUAAAGAUGCCCUGCAGAACAUCUGAGUUUUGAAAAAAUAUUUGGGCUUUCCAGAAAGGAUCCCCGAGCAGCUACAGUGAUAAAGGAAAGUGUUGUGUAGCAGAAAAGCAUUGUUUUGUCGAUGGGAAAGUUGAGUUUUUAAGAACAUGUCAUGAAAACUGACAGGCUGGGGAGAUAAAGGGAGCAGGUCUAGAGCAUGGGGAGACAACCAAGACCCAUGCCCUUCCUUCUGUUCCUCUUCUGGCUGGGGACCUCUUGGGAGGCGCAUGUGCCCCACCGGGUCAUCCCCUCCAACGCUACUGUUUUCUCUCAUAUCUACACAAUAAAGCUGAAGGGAGAUGGCACUGAGGACGAGGGAGCCUCCUCUGCACCCCAAGAGGCGCUGGGCCCUCCUGGCUCCUCCAGGGGAGGGGGCCUGUAUGAGCACACGCUGGAAGGGCCAGACCAGGAGCAUGUGGUCUUCACUCACCGCAUCAACCUGCCCCAGCAGUCCUGUGGGUGCCCACCUGGCACCGAGGACACCCAGGACCUCUUGAGACGGCUGCAGGCACUAGAGAACGAGGUGCGGUCACUGCGGGACACCUGCCAGGCUGGGGGAGGCUGCUGCACUGCGACCAGCAGUUCCCAGGCUAGUACAGGCCAGACGGACACCCGCACCUUGUGCUCGAACCAUGGUUCCUUCGACCUCUCCCGCUGCCUGUGCGAAUGCGAGGCAGGCUGGAGUGGCCCCACCUGUGCCGAGUCAACCUGCCCAGGUGGCUGUGGCGGCCCCCAGCGUGGCAAGUGUGUGAACGGGCGCUGCCAGUGCCGCCCCGGCUACUCCGGUGCCCGCUGCGAGGAGCCACCUUCCUGCCCAGACGACUGCAAUGACCAAGGGCGCUGUGUGGACGGGCGCUGCGCCUGCUUCCCUGGCUACGUUGGACCUUCCUGUGCCGACCCGGCCUGCCCGCAGGACUGCCAAGGUCAUGGCCACUGUGUGGAUGGGCAGUGUGUGUGCGACCCUGGCUACUCAGGGCCCGACUGCGGGAGCCGGGUCUGCCCCAGCAACUGCAACCGGCGGGGAGAGUGCCACAAUGGGCGGUGCGUCUGUGAGCCCGGCUUCACGGGCCCAGCCUGCGGAACCAAGGCCUGCCCCAAUGACUGCAGCCAGAGAGGCCGCUGCCUGAAAGGAGGCGUGUGCGCCUGCCACAAGGGGUAUACCGGGCCGGACUGCGGGCAACUGGCAUGUCCGGAGGACUGUCGCGGCCACGGGGAGUGCCAGAAUGGAGUGUGCCUCUGUCAUGAUGGUUAUUCGGGAGAAGACUGUUCCAUAGAGAUUCCAUCCAUUGGCAUCCAUGUGAAAAAUCGAGAUGAGACGUCCUUCCGCUUGGAGUGGAGCCGCCCAGAAGUAUCUGUGGAUGCGUAUGAAAUUCAUGUGAAGCCCACACGGGAUCAGCAGGCAGGUGAAUCAGUACGUCUGUCUGGCACAGAGACAGGCUUCGAACGCAGAGGGCUGACGCCGGGAGAGGAAUACACUGUCACUGUCCGGGCAGAAAAGGGGCAACGCUACGGACCCCCCGUCACCCAGACCGUGCGUACACGAGUAGCUCCUCCGCGUGGCCUGCAGUCGUCACAGGUGACAGAAAACUCCAUGACCUUGGAAUGGGAACCACCAGCCUCUCGCCCUGAUGGCUACAUCCUGAGCUACGUGCCUCUGGUCGCCUCUCGGCCUGCCCAGGCCGCGAAGCGUGUGGAACUGCCUGCAGCGCCUGAAAGCGUCACCCUGGACGAGCUGGAGAGCAGCACCCGAUACCGCAUCACCAUGUUCGCCCGCCAGAGUGGCGAGAACAGCCGAGCCACCAGCAUCAUCGUCAGCACUACUGCACCAGCUCCGAGCCAGCCAGUCCGCCAGUACUCCACACCACCCCCCUCUUCUUCCCACCGAAGACCUGACUCUUCCUCCUCUGGGCCUGGAGCCGGGCAGCCGGGCAACAGGCCGCAGCCAGGCCGUCCCUCUUCCAACGUCGCCAAAGCUAAGGAGCUUUUCAUGAAGAAAAUGACAGAGAACAUCUCGACCAAGCUCUCCCCGUACAACGGGACCCUCCUUGAGCGUUUGGAGAGCUACCUCCGCACCAUAAACUUCCCUCUCCAUGGCAACCGUACCAUACAGAGUGUGGCCAGGGACAUAUACAUCUAUCUAAUUCUCCGGAAGCCAGAGGAGGUCAUAGAGAGUUUCAAGGACCGGCUUGAUAGAGAGACUGAUGAUUUGCUUCAGAAAACAGAAUCCCCAACUGUGAGAGGCAGUUACUCCCACUCAGACCACCCCAAGCCGGCUGUAGUAGGCAGCUCCUCGGGCAGCAUUGAGGUCUCUCUGGACAGCGUGAGAGGGGUCUCUGACAACGUGGUCAUCCUCUACCGCAAUACGGGGACUGGAGAAGUAGGGGAGCUAGUGGUGCCUGGAGAUUCCUCCAGAGCAGUUAUCACCGGAUUGGAUCCUGGCACAACCUACCAUGUGGAAAUCCACGGGGUGCUGAAAGGACGUUCCUCUAAGUCAUACUCCUUUAUAAGCGCCACAGCUCCAGGAUCUCCUUCAGCUGCCAAGACCCAAACUUUCCCUAGACUCACCACACAAAGCCCUGAAGGGCCACUGCGGGACCUGACUGUGACGGACGUCUCUCCGGACAGUCUCCGUGUGACUUGGUUGGCCCCACCCAGUUCCUUCCGCAGCUUUUCCCUUCAGUACAGGGACCCCAAAUCCAGUGCCCCACCAGGGAAAAUCAGAGUACCGGGGACAGAGAGAAGCGUCACCGUGAUGGGUUUGACCCCCAGAACGGAGUACGAAUUGGAGUUAAGUGGGGAGAAACCUGAUAGGAGCUACAAUCCUCCUCUAACUACAAAGACAUCCACAGCCCCGGCACCAGCAGUGGAAAAGCCCACUUUGGGGCACAUCUCCGUCUCGGAUGUCAAAGAGAACUCUGCCCGCCUGUCCUGGGACGUCCCCACGGGGACCUUUGACUCCUUUUUGAUCCAGUAUAAAGAUGCUGAGGGCAAGCCGAAGAGUCUGCCCGUGGAUGGAGGAUCCCAGGAGGUCACCAUCUAUGACCUAGCGCCUUCCCGGAAGUACAAGUUCACUCUUUAUGGACUCGUAGGCCGCAAGAGACAUGGCCCUGUUUCCACAGAGAUGGUUACAGGCAAAGUCCCAGCCCCAGAGAAGAAACCAGAGAGAGAAGUGACAGCUCCACCCGGCCUGGGAGAACUCUCCACCUCAGAUAUCACCAGCAGUUCUGUCCGUCUCUCCUGGACUGUCCCCUCUGGGAGAUUUGAUUCCUUCCUGGUCCAGUACAAGGAUGCUGAGGGAAGACCCCAAGUGCUGCCCCUGGAGGGGGACUCCCGUGAAGUCACCAUCCCUAGCCUGGCUCCUUCCCGCAAAUACAGGUUCAAUCUCUACGGUAUCUCCGGUCGCAAACGUCUCGGCCCAGCCACGGCAGAUGUCACCACAGCAUCAAGGGACGAAGAGCCUGUACCUGAGCCUGAGCCAGAACCUGUCCUUGGUGACCUCUCCAUCUCGGAUGCCACCAGCAACUCUGUCCGUCUCACAUGGAGCGUCCCCACUGGCAGCUUUGACUCCUUCUUUCUCCAGUACAAGGACUCCGAGAACAUUGACCAAGCCCUGACCAUAGACCGAAAUUCCCGCGAGGCAACUGUUCCUAAUUUGGUUCCUUCCCAAAGAUACAGAUUCUUCCUCUAUGGAAUCUCUGGGCCCCAGCGUCUUGGACCUGUCUCAGCUGAUGCCACCACAGCCCCACUACCAACAACGCCUGCUCCUCAGCCCAGCUUGGGAGAGCUCUUGGUCUCAGACAUCACCACUGACUCUGCCCGUCUCUCCUGGACUGUCCCCACUGGGAGCUUCGACUCCUUCCUGGUCCAGUACAAGGAUGCGGAGGGGAAGCCUCAAGCCCUUCCAGUGGACGGAGGUUCCCGCGAGGUCACCAUCUCCAGCCUCGUGCCUUCCCGAAGAUACAAGUUCAACCUUUACGGACUCUCUGGUCGCAAGCGUCUGGGUCCAGUUUCUACUGACACAGUCACAGCAUCACUUCCAAAGGAACCCCCAAUUGCUCCCAGCCUGGGGGAGCUCUCUGCUUCUGAUGCCACCAGCAAUUCCAUCCGUCUCUCCUGGACUGUCCCCACGGGGAACUUUGACUCUUUUCUGAUCCAGUACAAGGAUGCUGAGGGCAAACCCCAGGCGAUUCCAGUGGAGGGAGCUUUCCGUGAGACCAUCGUCCCCAAUCUGGUUCCUUCCCGCAGAUACAAGUUCAACCUUUACGGACUCACUGGCCGCAAACGCCUCGGCCCCAUCUCCACAGAUGCCACCACAGCAUCACCUACAAAGGAACCCUCGAUUGCUCCCAGCCUGGGGGAGCUCUCUGCUUCUGAUGCCACCAGCAAUUCCGUCCGUCUCUCCUGGACUGUCCCCACAGGGAUCUUUGACUCUUUCCUGAUCCAGUACAAGGAUGCUGAGGGAAAACCUCAGGCAAUCCCAGUGGAGGGAGCCUUCCGCGAGACCAUCGUCCCCAAUCUGGUUCCUUCCCGCAGAUACAAGUUCAACCUUUAUGGACUCACUGGCCGCAAGCGCCACGGCCCCAUCUCCACAGAUGCCACCACAGCUGCUGUAGGAACACCACCAAAGGCCACCACGGAAAAGGUCACCGUCGUUCAGCUCAGCCUGGACCAGCUGUCCGUUUCUGACAUCACCAGUGACUCGGCCCGUCUCUCUUGGACCGUCCCAACGGGGAAUUUUGACUCCUUCCUAGUGGAGUACGAAGAUGCAGAUGGGAGGCCGCAGGCCUUGCCCGUGGAUGGGGCUUCCCGCACGCUCACUGUCCCCAACCUGGAGCCCUCCCACAGAUACACAUUUAACCUCUACGGACUUUACCGUGGCAAGCGCUAUGGCCCCCUGCCAGUGGAGGCUGUCACAGCUGCUGUAGGAACAUCACCAAAGGCCACCACAGAAAAGGUCACCGUCGUUCAGCUCAGCCUGGACCAGCUGUCCGUUUCUGACAUCACUAGUGACUCGGCCCGCCUCUCCUGGACCGUCCCAACGGGGAAUUUUGACUCCUUUCUAGUGGAGUACGAAGAUGCAGAUGGGAGGCCGCAGGCCUUGCCCGUGGAUGGGGCUUCCCGCACACUCACUGUCUCCAACCUAGAGCCCUCCCACAGAUACACGUUUAACCUCUACGGACUUUACCGUGGCAAGCGCUAUGGCCCCCUGCCAGUGGAGGCUGUCACAGCUGCUGUAGGAACACCACCAAAGGCCACCACUGAAAAGGUCACCGUCGUUCAGCUCAGCCUGGACCACCUGUCCGUUUCUGACAUCACCAGUGACUCGGCCCGUCUCUCCUGGACCGUCCCAACGGGGAAUUUUGACUCCUUUCUAGUGGAGUACGAAGAUGCAGAUGGGAGGCCGCAGGCAUUGCCCGUGGAUGGGGCUUCCCGCACGCUCACUGUCCCCAACCUAGAGCCCUCCCACAGAUACACGUUUAACCUCUACGGACUUUACCGUGGCAAGCGCUAUGGCCCCCUGCCAGUGGAGGCUGUCACAGCUGCUGUAGGAACACCACCAAAAGCGACCACGGAAAAGGUCACCGUCGUUCAGCUCAGCCUGGACCAGCUGUCCGUUUCUGACAUCACUAGUGACUCGGCCCGUCUCUCUUGGACCGUCCCAACGGGGAAUUUUGACUCCUUUCUAGUGGAGUACGAAGAUACAGAUGGGAGGCCGCAGGCGUUGCCCGUGGAUGGGGCUUCCCGCACACUCACUGUCCCCAACCUGGAGCCCUCCCACAGAUACACAUUUAACCUCUACGGACUUUACCGUGGCAAGCGCUAUGGCCCCCUGCCAGUGGAGGCUGUCACAGCCUCCGCAGUGCCGCCGCCACCACAACCCACCAUAGGCGAACUCUCAGCCAUUGAUGUUUCUAGUGAUUCUCUCCGUCUCUCCUGGACAGUCCCCACUGGGAGCUUCGACUCCUUCCUGGUCCAGUACAAGGAUGCGGAGGGGAAGCCUCAGGCCCUUCCAGUGGAUGGAGGUUCUCGUGAGGUCACCAUUUCUAGCCUCCUGCCUUCCCGUAGAUACAAGUUCAAUCUUUUUGGGAUCUCUGGUCGCAAGCGGAUUGGCCCCAUUUCCACUAGUGCGGUCACAGAUCAACAGAUGGUGAAGCCCACUCCACCACUCAAGCUCGGAGAGCUGACAGCUGGUAAUGUCAUGCCAAACUCCCUUGACCUCUCCUGGACUGUGGAGGCCGGGGACUUUGACUCAUUCAUCAUCCAAUACCAAGACGCUCAGGGCAAAUCCCAGGUUCUCCCUGUUGACGGGCGCCUCCGCUCUAUCCACCUCCACGACUUGGUCCCAUCCCACAGAUACCAGAUCAACCUCUAUGGUGUCUUGGGCCGAAAGCGUCUGGGCCCCAUCUCCACCGAAGCAGAGACAGCCCCACUACCAACAACGCCUGCUCCUCAGCCCAGCUUGGGAGAGCUCUCGGUCUCGGAUGUCACCACCGACUCUGUCCGUCUCUCCUGGACUGUCGACACUGGGAGCUUCGACUCCUUCCUGGUCCAGUACAAGGAUGCGGAGGGGAAGCCUCAGGCCCUUCCAAUGGACGGAGGUUCCCGCGAGGUCACUGUCUCCAGCCUCAUGCCCUCCCGAAGAUACAAGUUCAAUCUUUACGGACUCUCCGGUCGCAAGCGUCUGGGUCCAGUUUCUACUGACACAGUCACAGCUGUACUACCAACAACGCCAGCUCCUCAGCCAAGCUUGGGAGAGCUCUCGGCCCUGGAUAUCACCACUGAUUCCAUCCGUCUCUCCUGGACUGUCCCCACGGGGAACUUUGACUCUUUCCUGAUCCAGUACAAGGACGCCGAGGGCAAACCUCAGGCAAUCCCAGUGGAGGGAGCCUUCCGCGAGACCAUCGUCCCCAAUCUGGUUCCUUCCCGCAGAUACAAGUUCAACCUUUAUGGACUCACUGGCCGCAAGCGCCACGGCCCCAUCUCCACAGAUGCCACCACAGUUGCAGAAUUGCUGGCUGCACCAACCUUGGGAGAACUCUCUGUCUCUGAUGUCACCAGUGAGUCUGCCCGCCUCUCCUGGACUGUUCUGGCCGGGAGAUUUGAUUCCUUCUUAGUCCAGUACAAGGAUGCUGAAGGCAAAGCACAGCAGCUGCCCUUGGAUGGAGGCACCUAUGAGACCACCAUCUCUGGCCUGUCUCCUGCCCGGCGAUACAAGUUCAACCUCUACGGGAUUGUAGGGCGCAAACGCCUUGGCCCUGUCUCUGCCGACACAGUCACAGCAGCUGCAGUGUCUGGCGAAGGCCCAGUGAAGCCCAGCCUGGAAGAGCUCUCUGUCUCAGAGGUCACCAGCAAUUCUGCUCUUCUCUCCUGGACAGUCCCCACUGGGGACUUUGACUCCUUCCUGAUCCAGUACAAGGAUGCAGAGGGCAAAUCCCAGGCGCUGACCGUGGAAGGAGUUGCUCGGGAGGUCACUGUCCCCAACCUGGUUUCUUCCCAUAGAUACAAGUUCAAUCUCUAUGGGGUAAUUGGCCGCAGGCGCCUUGGCCCUAUUUCCUCUGAAGCCACCACAGCUGAAGCCGAGGAGGACAACAAGGAGGGAGAAGAAGACAAAGAUGAUGAAGAGAGUGAGCCUAGCUUGGGGCAGCUCUCAGUCUCAGAAGCUAACAGCAAUUCAAUCAGUCUUUCCUGGAGUGUCCCAACUGGGAAUUUUGACUCCUUCCUUGUUCAGUACGAAGAUGGAGAGGACGAGGUGCAGACCAUGCCUGUGGACGGUGGUUCCCGUGAGGUCACAGUCUCUAACCUGUCUCCUUCCCAGCGAUACCGAUUUGACCUUUAUGGAAUCUCUGGUGGCGAGCGGCUUGGCCACAUAUCCACUGAUGCCUCCACAGCUCCGUUGACACCAGUGACAGAGAGGGGGGAAAGAGGAACGCCACCUCCAGGGUCUGACUUUGGGCAGCUCUCUGCUUCUGAUGUCACCAGCGAUUCUGUCCGCCUCUCUUGGGAUGUCCCCUCUGGGAUCUUUGACUCCUUCCUGGUCCAGUACAAGGAUGCUGACAAUAAACCACAGGCACUGCCUGUAGAUAAGGAGACCAACUCUGUUGUGAUUUACUACUUGGUGCCUUCCUACAGAUAUAAGUUCAACCUCUUUGGCUUGUCUGGACGGAGGCGCUUUGGCCCAAUCUCAGUCAUUGUUGUCACAGCAACACAGCUAAAGAGAGAGGAGGUGGGUGCAGAGGACUCUACCGGAAGGGAACCCCGCUUGGGACAGCUCUCGGUCUCGGAGGUCACCAGCGACGCUGCCCGUCUCUCAUGGAGCGUCCCCGAAGGAAGCUUUGAUUCUUUCUCUGUCCAGUACAGAGACGCAGAGGGAAAGCCACAGGCACUUCCUGUAGGAGGGGGCUCCCGUGAGGUCAUUGUCUCCAACCUGGUCCCCUCUCACAAAUACAAGUUCAAUCUCUAUGGUAUCUCUGGAAACCAGCGUUUUGGACCCCUAUCUGCCACUGCUGAGAUGACAGCCACAGAUCCUGACGUGCAAGCGGUGGAAGGAAAGGUGGAACCUCGCCUGGGACAGCUCUCGGUCUCGGAGGUCACCAGUAACGCUGCCCGUCUUUCAUGGAGCGUCCCCGAAGGAAGCUUUGAUUCUUUCUCUGUCCAGUACAAGGAUGCAGAGGGAAGACCCCAGGCACUUCCUGUAGGAGGGGGUUCCCGCGAGGUCAUUGUCUCCAACCUGGUCCCCUCCCACAAAUACAGGUUCAAUCUCUAUGGCAUCUAUGGAAACCAGCGUUUUGGACCCAACUCUGCCAAUGCUGUGACAACAGCUCCAGAAACAGCUCCACCAGGUGAGGAGGAGAAGAGGCCCGAAGAAGCCGCAGGCCAAAGAGUUCAGCCCAGCCUUGGAGACGCCACAGUCUCUGAGGUCACCCCAGACUCUCUUCUCCUCUCCUGGAACAUCCAGGAAGGUAGCUUUGACUCUUUCCUCAUCCAGUACAAGGAUGCUGCAGGGAAGCUCCAGGUGUUACCUGUGGACGGCACCAUGCGCUCCCUCCACCUCUACAACCUCAUGCCAUCGCAGAGAUACAAAUUCAACAUCUUCGGAGUCUCUGGCUCUAAGCGCCUUGGGCCUGUCUCAACUGAUGCUGUCACAGCCCCAGAACCAGCACCAAGCGAGGAAACUCAGCCCAGGCUCGGGGAUCUCUCUGUGUCCAAGACCACCAGCGACUCCGUCAGCCUCUCUUGGAGCAUCCCUGCGGGCAACUUCGACUCUUUCCUUGUUCAGUACAGAGACAGAGAGGGCAAGCCCCAGGUGCUUCCCCUAAAUGGUGAUUCCCGUGACGUCACCGUCCCCAACCUGGCUCCUUCUCACCGAUAUAAGUUCAACCUUUAUGGCAUUUACGGACACAAGCGUCUCGGUCCCAUUUCCACAGAUGCUGUCACAGGCACCCAGCCUGGGGCCCUGACUCAGCUGAAGUUCGGAGAAUUGUCAGCCCGUGACAUCACCCCAGAAUCAGUCCUCCUCUCCUGGACCGUAGAGACUGGGAAUUUCGACUCUUUUAUCAUCCAGUACCGGGAUGCGGAUGGCAAUCCCCACGCUUUGCCCGUGGAUGGUGGCCUGCGCUCGCUGCGGCUUCAUGAUCUGGUCCCCUCCCACAAAUACAGGUUCAACCUCUACGGCGUCUCGGGCCGCAAACGUCUCGGGCCCAUCUCUACAGAGGCCACCACAGCCGCUUCAGAACAGCCAGCCCCUCCCAAGCCCAGUCUGGGGGAGCUCUCAGCCUCUGACAUCACCAGCACAACUGUCCGUCUGUCUUGGAGUGUCCAGUCCGGGGAUUUUGACUCUUUCAUCAUUCAGUACCGAGAUGCAGAGGGCAAAGCUCAGGCACUGCCUGUGAACAGAGACUCCCGCGAUGUCAUAGUCUCCAGCCUGGUGCCCUCCCAUAAAUAUAAGUUCAACCUAUUUGGCAUCUCUGGACGGAAGCGUCUUGGACCCAUUUCCACUGAAGCAGUCACAGCUCCAAUGGUGAAAACAGAGGUCCAGCCCACACUGGGCGAUCUUUCCAUUUCCGAGGUUACUCAGGACAGUGUCCGCCUUUCGUGGACCAUCUCUGCUGGGAAAUUUGACUCCUUCCUCAUCCAGUACAAGGAUGCUGAAGGAAAGCUCCAGGCAGUACCUGUUGAUGCUGAUUCCCGCACAGUCGUCAUCAAGGACCUGACCACUUCCCACAGAUACAAGUUCAACCUCUAUGGCAUCUCUGGCAGGAAGCGACAUGGGCCCAUCUCUAUAGAUGCUGUCACAGCUUUCCCAGAGGCCACCAAACGGGUGUUCCUUGAAAACUUGGUUGUCUCUGAGGUGACACCCACUACGCUGCAGCUCACGUGGGAAGCUCCCGAGGGAGAGUUUGAUUUCUUUCUGGUCCAGCACAAGAACUCUGUUCCAGAUAGUGAAAUGAGUCCCACACCAACCAAGAAAAUCAACGUGACCGGGGAUGAACGCUCUGUCGUGUUUCGGGGCCUUUCACCCAACACCGAGUACAGCCUUACCGUCUAUGGCAUCCAGGACGGGUCAGAAGCAGCCAGCAUCAACACAGUGGCAACGACAAGUGGGACAGAGCUCGAUAGCCCCCGGGACCUGCUCUUCAGUGACAUCCGUGAGACCUCCGUGGUGGCGAACUGGGGGUCACCGUCAUCUCGUGUUGAUGGUUAUAAAGUUUCCUUCCAGCCCUCAGAUGGAGGAGAGCCAAGGAGCAUCUCUGUGGAUGGAUCCAAGCUCCGAACAACCAUUGAGGGCCUGACCCCCGGGGCCAGCUAUGAGGUCACUGUGAUGUCUGUUCGUGGGUUCGAAGAAAGCGAGCCCUUGGUGGGUUAUGUCACCACAGUUCCGGAUGGUCCUUCCAACUUGCGUGCCAUCGACGUAACCGAUUCGUCAGCUGUGCUUACAUGGCAACCUGCUGUGGCUGAGAUGAACAACUACAUUGUCACCUAUGGGCCUGCUGGUGGUGCAAGGGCCUCCGAGUCAGUGCCAGGGAACCGGGCUGAAUUACAGUUGUCAGGGCUGCACCUGGACACAGAAUAUCGGGCCAGCGUGUAUGGGGAGAAAGGAGGGAACCGCAGUUCUCCCGCCAGCGCCACUUUCACCACCGGGGCAGAUGGACCCCGGGAUCUGCAGGCUAGUGAAAUCUCAUCCCGCAGUGCUCGUCUCACUUGGUUGCCACCCCGUGCCCCUCCUGGUGGAUAUCUGCUAACCUAUGAAACCCCGUCUGGGCAAUCAAAGGAGAUCACCGUGGAUGCUUCUGUCACCUCGUAUGAACUCCAAGACCUGAUUCCUUCCAGUCGGUACCAGGUUCAAGUCCAGGCACUGAGAAGAGGCACUCCUACAGCCCCAACCGCCACGUCCUUCACCACCGGACACCUGAGAUACCCCUUCCCUCGGGAUUGUGCAGAGGAGAGCCAGAAUGGGCCGGGAACCUCCAGAGUGAGGACGAUUUAUCUUGGGGGCAACCAGGACCGCCCCUUGCAGGUGUACUGCGACAUGGAGACUGACGGAGGAGGCUGGAUAGUCUUCCAACGUCGGAUGAACGGCGAGACCAAUUUCUGGCGCAACUGGCAGGAAUACGCCACCGGCUUCGGCAACCUCACCCGGGAGUUCUGGCUAGGGAAUGAUGCUCUGCACCAGCUGACGACAUCAGGGGACUAUGAGCUGCGCGUGGAUCUGCGGGCUGGGAACGAUUCUGUCUAUGCAACCUAUCAGAAUUUCCGCGUGGAUCCCCCUGCUGAUCAUUACCGCCUGCACCUGGGCAGUUACAGCGGCACUGCUGGCGAUGCUUUCACCUACCACUCGGGCAGCGUCUUCUCCACCAAGGACCGCGACCCCAACCGAGUCAUCAUCCCCUGUGCUGUCUCUUACCGCGGUGCAUGGUGGUACCGCAACUGCCACUACGCCAACCUCAACGGGCUCUACGCAAACAACCGAGACCACCAGGGCAUCAACUGGUUUAACUGGAAAGGAUUCGAGUUUUCCAUCCCUUUCACAGAGAUGAAACUGCGACCCCGCGGCUUCCGGCCUCUGCGUCGGGUGUGAGCAAAGGGAAGGAGGCUGCAGAACUGACUAAGGGGGAGAACAAAAGGAGGAGGAAAGAGAAGCAGCAGCAACCAUCCCUCUGCAAUGGGAUACCUCACACCCUGCCACAAAUUCCCAUGAGAAAAAGGAAGGAGCAAAACAAAGGAAACGGACAAUUUUUUUCAAAAGCACCUUGUAGUAUUCAUUUCCUCCCCCAUCUCCUGCUGACCAGCCACAAGAUGAGAGGGAUGCCACGCACAUGAUAGUGGAAGGGGCAGAGUUAAGGGGGUGGAAUGGUUUAAUUUGGAGCAGGUUGCAGGAUAGCUGUUGCCUGGUCAGCAACUAGAUUUUUCUUGGAGAGUCACUAAUAACAAGGGAGCAAGGGGAGAUGGGCCAGCGUCCCAAUCCCCACCAUGGACUGUUGCCACAGAAGCCAUUUUCUCCUCUUAAGAUGCUUCUAAGAUAGCCAACUGGCUGGGUCAAGUUGCAUCCCUGAAAGGGGUGGGUUUUGGCCCACGAUCUUGUAGUUGCUGACCCCUCCCCCUAGCCCUAGCCCCCGUCUGGCUUCCUGCUCCCACAGAUCUGUCUCCAGUCAAACUUCCCCUUCUUCAGCUUCCCUCCCAGUUCUCCUCCUCCCUCUCCCCCAAAUCCUUUUCAGAAAGGAGGUAAACUCGUAAACACAGUCGCUGAAAGCAGGUUAACAUUAAAAGCACUUUUUAUUUUUGGCAUUUCUUUUACCCCUCCUGGGAAUCCUAUAAACUGAAGCCAGCUGCCCCCCCCCAUCCACGCAAAAGCUUUUGCCUCUCUCGUGUUCCCCCUCCCCAAACAACUCGCCAUUGCAAAGAAGAGACAGAAAGAGAAGAACAGGUGAACUGGAAUGAGCUGGCAGCUUAAAAGAUCACAGAAUGAAAAAAAGAGCUGAAUGAUGUACGCCCGAGGUGAAAACUGGGAAAGAUGCAAAUUGUUAACAGUAAGGUUGAUUUAAGCUGGCAAGCAAUGAUGAUUUUACUGUCUGUCUUUGUAAGGGAGGACUGGCCGACUUCCACCUGGGGUCAGGAAUGUACCACUUCAGGCUGCAGGUGAGGGUGCAAAUGGCUGAAUUCUCCUAACUGUCUCAACCCUGCACGUAGAAAACUAGCAUGUGAGAGAGAAGGCUCCUGCCAUGUUAGUUUUCUACAUGCAGGAAGAAAUUUGAAACGGUCUGCCGUGUGAAGCCCUACCUGCUGUCUGAAUUGGUACAGCCCAGAAACAUGUUUGAAAGUUCAGUGAGAAUGAGGCCAGUGUUGCAGUCAUCUAGCAGAGUGCUUUACAAAUAGUAAGUGUUGUUAUCGCCAUGGGCUUCACAGCUGUUGACUUAGCCUGACCUACCAAAUUGUGUGAGAGAGAGAGACAAGAGAGCCAGAGCUGCAGCUGUGAAGUGAGAAAUAUCUCGGUGUCUUGCAACUUGAAGCUCUUUUGCCGUGCAAGUGAAAUUGUGGCUGGAGUUUCCACCACACCUUGAGGAAAAAUGUAUUCAGGCCAUUGGUGAGGAGUGGGAAAUGUAAUUGCUUUCAAUCCAAGUUUAAAGCAAUUACAUUUCCCAUCCUUUCCAAUCCUGACAGUAAGAGCUGUUCGACAGUGGAAUUUGCUGCCAAGAAGUGUGGUGGAGUCUCCUCCUUUGGAGGUCUUUAAGCAGAGGCUUGACAGCCAUAUGUCAAGAAUGCUUUGAUGGUGUUUCCUGCUUGGCAGGGGGUUGGACUGGAUGGCCCUUGUGGUCUCUUCCAACUCUAUGAUUCUAUGAUUCUAAGUUGGCCAUGUCUUCUCUAAAGGAUGAGAAGUGUAAACUGCACAAAACAGAAUAAAAGAAACAGCCUUAGCUGAAAGCAAACAGGCUACAGUUUUUUGGGUAGAGUGGGAGAGAGCUCUAUAUUUCUGCUUCCAGCCUCAUCCUCUGUGCCUCUGAACGUUACCAGGCCUCAUUCAAAAGUGGGGUAUGUGUGUGCAUUUCUUGAGCUUAUUCCUCUGGAUACGGGAGAAAAAUGAUUUUUUAUAAAAAAAAAUUGUAAACAGCAGUCAAGAUGUGGAAUGGCACCAGAAAAAUGACCUGAUAGGUACUUAAGGCUGCUGGAGAACCCUUGGCCCUUCAGAUGUUGUAGGACUCCAACUCCCAUGAGCCCCAGCCAGCAUGAUGGGAGUUGUAGUCCAACAAAACUUCUGGAGGGCCCUGGAUGAAAGAAUCUGUUGAUGGGUGCUGAUGGAAGUGACAGAUGGAAAACAGUUCUCAAAUUAAUUUCAUAUUUUAAACAAUGAAUGUGUUGAAGCUGAGAAGAGCAAAACAGCAAAUAGUGUUUGUUCAAAAAGUUAGAUGCACAACAGUUCCAAGCAAACCAGAGCAUCGCUUUGAUUGCAUAAGGAACCUUAGAGGGGAAUUUGAAGUCUGCAAGCCGUGUUGCCUGAUUUCACAUGCAGGUGCACAUAUACACACAUUUAGCCAAAUUAUGCCUCCCCUGUAGCAUUCUAAAAAUGGUAGGUGAGUUCUUCACAAAAGGCUCCUGCCAUUUGAACACUGGCCUCAGAUCACAACUCAGCCUCUCCUGCUCCAGAAGACAGAAGCUAGAGAGCCCAUCUUAGUUAUAAGGAACCUAGGCAGCUGCUUUAUAUGGAACCAGAACAUUGGUCCAUCGAGCUCUGCAUCUACUGGCAGGAUCUCACCCAACCCAUCCUGGAGAUGCCACUGAAGGAGGCUCGGACCUUUUGCACGCCAGGCACUGGGCCAAGAUGGGAACUCAAGUCUUAUCCAAAGCCUGGGAAAAAUGAAAUGUGAGUGAGGAGAGAGAGAGAGGACUAGGGUGGCGUGGCAAGAAACAAGGUGUUUCCAAUCUCCCUGGCAGGAUCCUGAUUUCUUACUGUCAUUUCUUCACAAGUGUCAGAAGCCCGGCACGUACCUUCCGGCUGCCGUCCUGGGUGGCUCCAGCGAGAGCCCUGAAUAAAAGAUGGUGCAAACAGAAUCCGCACAUGCAGUUGGCGCUUCUCUCAAGGCCCCUGGAUCACAGCACAUGUCCUCAGCACUUUAGGGGAAACAGGGUUUGCUUUUCUCCCUUGUGAGGGCAGCGCAAGCGCAUAGUUCAUGGGCAGAAGCUGUCGCUGACCUGAGACGGGGAAGGAUCUUUGCACGGGGUGGGGGGGACAGGAGUACAGUGGUACUUUUGGGGGGUGCAUCAGGGUAAAGUUUCUCUAUACGAAGCGCUUGGUGGGGGAAUGUUAUUUUUUAGAUCUUUGUGAGAAAAACGUUUAAAAUAAAAAAUAAUUUUUUUGAAAAAAGGAUAGAGAAGGAAUCAUGUCUUUCUUUUGCUGGUGGUUUAUUCGCAAAAGGGGUGUUUGGCUCAGUGAAUGCUUGUGAAUACAAACUGCAAGGAAUCGCAAGUGGGGAGAGAGUAGAGCUGUUCUUAAUUUCUGCUUGGGGCAUUUUCCCUUACUCAUCUGGUUGAUCACUGGGUUGAUGGGUGUUGUAAACAAAAUCUGCCCUUAUUCCCAUAUGGGGUAUACAAGAGCCCUUAAAGAGUCCUUUGUAGGUUCUCCAUUGGUAGGAGAAAAUAACAGAGGCCAUCCAGAGAAUAUUGAGAAGCAAAGCAGCUAGUAAGCCUGAUCUUUAUUGAACUGUUGCAACAGGGUGCUCCCCUCUCAUGCAGGAGAAAAGAGGAGGACCCAGAACAAAGGUGUGCCCUUCCU